AUGAGUGGCCGGUCUCCCGUUCCGCCCGGAAAUUAUAUUGUCCUUGCCAGUAACCAGACCCCAGUUUCUGUUAGCUUGACAACAGAAUGCGCGCCUCGCCGUGUCAAACCCCACGAUACUAGCACAGAAUCCCAAGGCCGGAAGGAUCGGGACGAUCUGCAGGAGCAGUUUCGCGACAGCCUCCGCCGACGAGAUGGGUGUUGUGCGCUUACCGGUCCCCCUCAGGUGUUCAACAAUACAAGACCUUUCCGGGGUCUGGAGUCUACACACAUUUUCCCCGUGAGUCUCCUAGAGGAGUGGAAUCGCGGCAAUUACAGUCGUUACGUGACAGAUCCCAGCCCCGCUAGUGUGAUUGGGGCGUCAAAGAUGUUCUCCCCACAGAAUGGGCUCCUUCUUCGCUCCGAUUUGUAUUCCUUGUUUGAUGAUUUUGAAACUGGAGCUGGCUUUAAAAUCAUCAUAUUCUCAAGCGAAAGGGGCGAGGCGAGACUAGGAGGGACUCGUCUUCGGGACUCUGCAAGAUCGGGAAGCCAAGGGGUGAACGCGGAUCUCCUCCGUUGGCAUUUGCGUAUGUGCCUGUACCGGAAUCUGAAGACCCAUGCUGAGCCACAAAUUCUCUGGGAGGAGGAUAUUGGGGAGGACUCAAUGGGGACCAUCCUAGCGCAGCCAGAUGCUGCUGCACGGAUGGAAGCGGAGCUUUUUACGCGCCUAGGAAGCAUGAUCGCGUAG